UAGUUGCCUCCUCAGAGAUAGAGACAUAGUCAAGGGGUUUAGGUGGGAAAUAUGGAACACAAGGUUGUAGACUCAAAAACUGCAACUACCUACCAUUUUACCAUGAUUUUGAAACACCCACCAUUUUCCUAGUUUUUUUUUUUUUCUCUCUCUCGUAUUCUAUUCUGUGGAAAUUCAUUCAUGAGUGUGAAUCAAGUUUCUAUCUUUUGUCACCAAGAUAGCAUAUAUAAUAGUUAGUAGUUAGUAGUACCCUUUUGGAGAUGUUAGGAGAAGAAGGAAAAAUAAACAAGCCCUCUGGUAGCGGCACUCUUGCUCGGAGAACCUAUUCCCGUUCGGUUUCAUGGACGGAUAGGUCUCCGAGCAGCCGCCACAAGGCACCACCACAACCACCAAACACAAAGCCAAGGCCAUUUUUGCCACCUCUUCAGCCUCUUUCCAUAAGAAAGCCCAGUGUCGAGGAAUGGCCAAGCGCAGGAUCCGACGAUCUUGGCGUUUGGCCAGUUCCCCAGACACCAAGAGGGUCUAUAAGACAGUUGGACUCCAGUCAACCCACCAAAGAUUUUCAGUUCAAGAGAGACAAACUGGCCUUCUAUGACAAAGAAUGUUCUAGAAUCGCGGAGCAUAUAUACUUAGGAAGCGACACGGUUGCCAAGAACCAUGAGCUCCUUAGGCAGAAUGGAAUCACUCAUGUGCUGAACUGCGUUGGUUACGUUUGCGCGGAGUAUUUCAAAAGCGACUUUGUUUACAAAACACUCUGGUUACAGGACAGUCCUUCGGAGGAUAUAACAAGUAUUCUGUAUGAUGUGUUCGACUAUUUUGAAGAUGUUCGAGAGCAGGGCGGCCGCGUUCUCGUCCAUUGCUGUCAAGGCGUUUCGCGGUCGUCCUCUCUCGUCAUUGCCUACCUCAUGUGGAGGGAGGGACAAAGCUUUGAAGAUGCUUUCCAGUAUGUCAAGAAUGCAAGGGGAGUGACAAAUCCAAACAUGGGUUUUGCAUGUCAGCUUCUUCAGUGUCAAAAAAGGGUCCACGCUCUGCCUGCUAGCCCCAAUUCUAUUCAAAGGAUGUACCGAAUGGCGCCUCAUUCGCCAUACGAUCCUCUUCAUUUGGUACCAAAGACGGUUAAUCAGCCGGGCGCGAAAGCGCUCGAUUCUCGUGGCUCUUUCGUUGUCCAUGUUCCCUCUACAAUCUAUGUUUGGAUUGGCAAAAACUGCAGCCCGGUGAUGUCCUCCAACGCGCGAGGCGCAGCGCUUCAGGUAGUCCGGUAUGAGAGGGCUAAGGGACCUAUUUUGACGAUCCAUGAAGGUGAGGAAACACCUCAGUUUUGGAUUGCUCUGUCUUCGGGUGAUUCCGAGAAAGAAGGGGUGGAAAUUGGCAAGGCUGCCGAUAUUGGUGCAAGAAAAGUUGGGGCGUAUGAUUUGGAUUUUGAGAUCUUUUACAAGGCAGUUGCCGACUGUGCAGGGUCGGAGACUUGUGUGCCGGCGAAGGAGCACGGAUGGGGAAUACUGAGGCAGAAGCUUGCUACAGGAGUCAUGAGAGAGUUGCUUAGUUCUCCCAAAUGUGUGAAUAUCGAAGACGGCGAAGAAGAGAAGCGAAACUCUGAGAUUGAGCCUUUGUCACCGUCAUCUAAUCAUUCCUUUGAAUGUUAUUUGAAUAAUAAUAACAAUUCAGACGCAAUAGUUGUGGAGGAUACUCCUAAAGCCACAGACUCAUCACUGUCAUCUAUUUCUGGUGUUGCUUCGAAUCCUUUUCCGUGGAACAAAUCGCCAACGCUUUCGCCUUCAAGCUCCGAUUAUGCAAGUUCUUUCACAUUUUCACCUUCCUCAGGGAAUUGGUCUGAUUUAUCAUUUGUGUCAUCUAGGCAGCCAUCACCUUCUGGCAUGGAAUCAACCGAAGACGUGCCUUUCGCCGAGAGCUCCUCGUUACUUCACAAAGAAGUCUCCUCAAUGCCGGAAACAUUAUUGGCUAACGAUGGUUUGGGAGGGGCGAGCUCCUGGUUCGAGAUGGAAGGAUCCUCCCUCUCAAUAGCAGAGCGUCGGGGGAGUAAUCCGCUACCUCGGGUGCUGCUAUCGUCCAUUAAUGAAUCAUCUCAGCUCCACAAGAACCUGGAGGAUUGCAUGUAUUAACAUCCAAAAGACGGAUUAAAAGAUUAAGUGUUCAAAAUUCAUCCCCAUCAUAAUGCAGAAAACAGGACAUGCAACAGUGUUGUAGAUGGUAAUGUAGAAAAGUUGUCCAUAUAUACCAAAAUAAAAAAUGUAUUUCCAUAGAAAUCCGACGCCAGCCCUGCAGAAAUCGGCCGAGAUGUAGGCUGUUAAUUAAGUCCAUUCUGGGAUCUUAGCAUCGCCAUUGUUGGACCUAGUGCACUGCAUCUCAAGGCUCUUUGGGACCAUGACUGUGAGCUUGAACUUUCUUCUUUGCGCCAGCAAUUUGCCUGUGACAGUUUCACCUUCUUUGCUGUUAAUGCCUCGUUAAUUUCAUCCCACACAUUUACUGCUCCAUUUUCUGUAAAGAUAGCACAAGCUAACUUUAGUUAAUCAAGAAUUCAAGAAUGUUUUUAUAUUUCUAUACACCAAAAGUUCAUCAGUGGACAUUACCUUUAGCAGAGGUAUGACCUCUGUUCACCGGUUCAGAGCUUCCCACAGCAGUUUGAUCACCCGAACAUUUUUUGUUAAUGCUACCAUUAGAUGGUUUUGUAAGAUGAUCCCAAUCAUUAUUAGAACCAGCUAUGGCUGAUGAAUUCGAGUUGUUGCCAUGACUAACCA